UGGGCGGGCGGGAACGUGGAGUCUCCGCGGUGCCUGAUGGGGCUGUUGGGAGCCGGAGACCUGUAGUCGGCGGGGGACCGCUCUGCUGCUGCCGCCUUCUCUGCCGCCUCAUGGCGGCCAUCGGAGUUCACCUGGGCUGCACUUCAGCCUGCGUGGCCGUCUAUAAGGAUGGCCGGGCUGAUGUGGUUGCAAAUGAUGCGGGUGACAGAGUUACUCCAGCUGUUGUUGCCUACUCAGAAAAUGAAGAGGUUGUUGGAUUGGCAGCAAAACAAAGUAGAAUAAGAAAUAUUUCCAAUACAGUCAUGAAAGUAAAGCAGAUCCUUGGCAGAAGCUCUGAUGACCCACAGGCUCAGAAAUACAUCACAGAAAGUAAAUGUUUAGUCAUUGAAAAAAAUGGGAAAUUACGAUAUAAAAUAGAUACUGGAGAAGAAACAAAAUUUGUUAACCCAGAAGAUGUUGCCAGACUGAUAUUUAGUAAAAUGAAAGAAACGGCACAUUCUGUCUUGGGCUCAGAUGCAAAUGAUGUAGUUAUUACUGUUCCAUUUGAUUUUGGAGAAAAGCAAAAAAAUGCUCUUGGGGAAGCAGCCAGAGCUGCUGGCUUUAAUGUUUUGCGGUUAAUCCAUGAACCAUCUGCAGCUCUCCUGGCUUAUGGAAUUGGACAAGACUCCCCCGCUGGAAAAAGCAAUAUUUUGGUGUUCAAACUUGGAGGAACAUCCUUAUCUAUCAGUGUCAUGGAAGUUAACAGUGGAAUAUAUCGUGUUAUUUCAACAAACACUGAUGAUAACAUCGGAGGUACACAAUUUACAGAAACCUUAGCACAGCAUCUAGCUUCUGAGUUUCAGAGAUCCUUCAAACAUAACGUCAGAGGAAAUGCUCGUGCUAUGAUGAAAUUGAUGAACAGUGCUGACAUUGCAAAACAUUCUCUGUCAACCUUGGGAAGUGCCAAUUGUUUCCUUGACUCGUUAUAUGAAGGUCAAGAUUUUGACUGCAAUGUGUCCAGAGUUUUCAAGUAUUAUAAUCUUCAGCUCUAUGGUUUCUAUUUGGAACUCUUUAUAUUUCCUAUACCUUUGCUGAAAUUCUCUCCUGACUUCAGUGAACAUCUUUUUUUUUUUAAUUUAAAUUCUUUAUUGUUUAAAGUAUUACUUACAUCUCCUUUUUCCCCCAUUAACCUCUCCCCAGCCACUCACACCCCCUUCAGUGAACGUCUUUAUUACUGUUAUCUUGAACUCUAUCAGGUUGUCCUUUGUGGAGGGUCUUCUCGAAUUCCAAGGCUACAGCAAUUGAUUAAAGAUCUUUUCCCAGCUGUUGAGCUUCUAAAUUCUAUCCCUCCUGAUGAAGUUAUCCCCAUUGGUGCAGCUAUAGAAGCAGGAAUUCUUACUGGGAAAGAAAAUCUUUUAGUGGAAGACUCUCUUAAGAUAGAGUGUUCAGCCAAAGAUAUUUUAGUUAAGGGAGUUGAUGAAUCAGGAGCCAACAGUUUCACAGUACUGUUUCCAUCAGGGACUCCGUUGCCAGCUCGAAGACAACACACAUUACAAGCCCCUGGAAGUAUAUCUUCAGUAUGCCUUGAACUCUAUGAGUCUGAGGGGAAAAACUCUGCAAAAGAGGAAAACAAGUUUGCACAGGUUAUACUCCAGGAUUUAAAUAAAAAAGAAAAUGGAUUACAUGACAUCUUAGCUGUUCUAACUAUGAAAAGGGAUGGAUCUUUACAUGUGACGUGCACAGAUCAAGAGACUGGAAAAUGUGAAGCGAUCACUAUUGAGGUGGCAUCUUAGUAUUUUAGAAAAACCUUGACUCUUUUAGAACUAAAAUAUCAUCAAUUACUUGGUUUUGUUCAUAUGUGAUGUUUAUAUUGAAAUACUUUUGGAUGAACUGUGUAAUCUAUGUUUCUAUUAAAAUACAAUAUAUUGAUAAA